AUGUCCGAAGAAAAUCCUUACCCAAAUGCUUCUCGUCGUUUAGAAAAUAUAUUCGGUCAUUUAAUAGAACAUAAAGAAUGGAGAACUUUAUCACCUAGUCAAACCUUAGCAGUACGUACAAAUAGAGAAAUCAAAUGGAAUGGACAUGGAUAUAAAGAUACAUUUUUUAAAUUUGAUGAUAGGGGGACCGCCUCAUUGCUGGGAAAUAGAUUUGGACAUUUUAGUUCAAAGGAAUAUCAUGAAUUAAGACCAUGGUUAGAACAAACAUUAAGAAUAAACUUAAAAACCGUAUGCCCAGCGCAAAAAUCAAUGUCCGAGAUACAUAGCCCCGAAGUAAAUCAUGGUUUUUACGAUGCAAUUAGACCAAAAGGAGUAAUCAUUUCAUUCUCGGAACAAGAUAGAUUAUCUCGUGGACAUGGGAAUAGCACUAUGGACAUUUAUAAUUUAAGAUAUGGUAAUUUUAAUAGAUUGCCUGAUGCAGUUAUUUGGCCUGAAAGUCAUGAACAUGUUGAAAUCAUUGUGCGUGCAGCACAAAAGUUUAAUGUUGGUUGUAUACCUUAUGGAGGAGGAUCAAAUUAUGUUAACGCGUUAGAUUGUCCAAUAGAAGAAGAAAAACGAAUGAUUGUUUCUUUAGAUAUGAGACAAAUGAACAGAAUUCUCUCCUUAAACAAUGAAAAUAUGAUUGUAGUCGUUGAAGCUGGUGCUAUCGCAAAAGAUUUAGAAAUGGAAUUAAGAAAAUUGGGUUUAAGUCUCGGAUGGGAUGCUGAUUCAUUUGAAUUUAGCACAGUUGGUGGAUUAGCUGCUUUAAGGUCUAGUGGAGAUUUUGAAAAUAGCAUAAUUAAUAUGAAAAUUGUUACACCAACUGGCACAAUACAAAAAAGCGGUUCUAAUACUUUGCCACCAUUUUUUUCGGGUCCUGACAUAACGAACUUAUUAUUUGGAUCGGAAGGAACAUUGGGCGUUAUAACCGAAUUAACAUUCAAGCUACAUUAUUUAACUCCGUUUCGUCAUUACGUUUCAAUAUAUUUUCCAACAUUUCAUAAAGGUCUUUUAUUCUUGAGGGAAAUCGUUCAAAGAAAAGUUAUUAAUAAUUUAAGUGAUGCCAGGUUAGUUGAUGAAACCGGAUUACAAUUAGUACAAGCUUUCAACACUAUUACACCUACUAUCACUACGGUAUUUAGCGAAGUGAUAAGAAAAUAUUAUUGGAAAAAGUUUAAAAAUUUAAAAUUUGGUAAAAUGUGUUUGGCUGCUAUUUUAAUUGAUGGCUAUGAUACGAGUAAAAUGGUAAAUGAUGAAAAGAGAAUUUUAAAGACUGGUGAAACAUUUGGUGGGGUUGAUGCUGGUUAUGAUUUAGGAGAGAGAAUGUUUUUCAUGUCAAAGGGAUUACCUUAUCUUCGUGAUUUUCUUUUAGACUAUUACGCUAUAUCAGAUUACCUUGAUACCUCAACAUCUUGGUCAAACAUUGAGGAUCUUGUUGUUAAAGUAAGAGAAACAAUAGUGACAACUUGUAGAGCUCAAAGUGUUCGUCCAAGACCAUUUGUUGCGGUUAGAGUGGACCAUAUAUACGAAACAGGUGCAAGUUUAACUUUCACUUAUGGAUUUAAUUGUCGUAAUCUUGCUGAUCCACUUGGAACUUUAAGACGCGUAGAGCAAGAUGCGUUAGUCGAAAUAUUAAGGUCAAAUGGUUCGAUAUCACAUCAUACUACCGGCAUAGGGAAACGUAAAAAAGAAUGUUUUAUCGAAUCUUUAUCUGAGGUUGGAGAGAAUUGUAAUGCCUUAUUGCCCCACGGGCAAAUUGGUGACUCCACCAUUUAUUCGUCCGAUUCUUAUCAUCACAGUGUGGGAAGCAGUAGCCAAGCAUUCUGCAUAUCUGGUGAUAAUGCUGUCGUUCCUUGUGGACAAGAAUCUGGAAAUGGAGGGGGAGCCGAUAGCUCGUCCAGCCGCGGUAAAUCUCACGAUUUCCAAUCCGGAGAGGGAACAUCAAGAAUUACUUUUUCGGGAUAUCAAUUCGUGGCGGGCCAAGAAAGAAUAGAGAACACGGGAAUACGAAGGAACGAAAACGAGAGUAAAGAUGAUGAAAACAAUAUUUCAAAUGUCCAAACCAAGAAAAUAUUGAAGGAUUGCUUACAAUCCUGGGGCCAUCGAUACCCUGGAGGGAAAGAAAAUUACCCGAAAACACCGUGCUAA